UAAAGUAAGUGCUAGGUACAACACAGCACGCAAACACCUCAAUUAGUACAAUAGGAAAUACGGUUUAGUCACAAUGUGAAUCGAAAUAAACCAGAUCUCAACACACAUACAACAUCUACAUGUCCAGCGUUCAUUAGCCGUAGAAAAAUCAAUCAGUGACAAGCGUUGGUCACAAGAUUACAAUCCAUCAAAAACGCGACUACGAACAAAAGAACCCAAACUAAACCCUUCUAGGCUUCGGACUGGCCACACGUCGUCUCGCCUCACUCCAUACAUGUCUUUCCAAGUGUAAACUUAUUCGUCUCCGCAGCAAAGGGUCAACUGGCAAUCAAUUAAGCCCACAAUAACACACGAUAGCAAUCAGAUUUUGGGUAUAGCUGCACUUGAUUCCGUUCCAAAAAUGGCAGAGGGCGACUACUCAGAGCAUUUGGAAAGAACUGAGCUUCCGGCUCCGAUGAUUUCCCGCAAGGAGGUCAGUAUCUGGGCCAUUCUGAAAAACUGUAUCGGCAAGGACCUGAGCAAGAUCACCAUGCCGGUCAUGCUGAACGAACCGCUGAGCUUCCUCCAGAGACUCUGCGAGUACAUGGAGUACGCACAACUGCUGACCGAGGCUGCUCACCAGGAAUCUCCAGCAGACCGGAUGAAAUACGUGGCGGCCUUUGCCGUAUCCGCAUUAGCCUCAAACUGGGAGCGCCUGGGAAAACCAUUUAAUCCUCUUCUUGGUGAAACGUACGAGCUGCAGAAAGGAGAUUAUCGAAUUGUCUGCGAGCAGGUAUCUCAUCAUCCUCCAGUAUCUGCAUUCCAUGCAGAAUCCAAGGACUUUAAGUUUCACGGCACAAUUAACCCGAAAAUCAAGUUUUGGGGUAAAAGUGUUGAGGUGAAUCCAAAGGGAACCGUUACCAUUGAAUUUCCAAAAUGGAACGAAAGUUACAGCUGGACUAAUGUCAAUUGUUGCGUCCACAAUAUCAUUGUGGGCAGACUGUGGAUAGAGCAAUAUGGAAAAAUGGAGAUCAUCAAUCAUACCACUGGACAUGUGGCAAGUCUCACCUUCAAGUCCGCCGGAUCUGGAGCCAAGAACUUGCACCGAGUUGAGGGAUUUGUAAAGGAUGCCAGUGAAAAAAACCUUUACUAUCUGUAUGGCAAAUGGACCGAGUUUAUUAAAUGCUGUUCUGCCGAGUCCUACGUUCAGUAUCUGAAGCAGGGAACCCGAAAGAAUGACGAUUAUGAUGGGUCGCCAAAUGGAACCCCUAAGAAAAUGUUCUCAAAGUUAAAUAGUUUUAAGUUGAACUCAUUUCGCAGCCUAUCCAUUCAAGAUAACGAUAGCUAUCCACCUUUAGAGCAGGAGGGUGACAUACCAAAGAGUGACUCUGCAUAUUCAAUUGAUAUUCCCGACUCCACCACUUUGUGGAGUUGUAAGCCCAGACCUUCCAAUUGUGACGAGUAUUACCAGUUUACGCAUUUCGCGCUGCAGCUUAACGCUAUGAAUAAAAAUAUGAAACCACCGCUAACACUAUGCCCUACCGAUUCGCGACUGCGACCUGAUAUAUUAUACUUAGAGGAAGGAAAUUUGGAUGGUGCGGCCAAGGAGAAAACACGUCUCGAAGAGAAACAAAGGCACACACGGAAACAUAGAAAAUCCACCAAUAGCGAUGAUUGGACUCCGAGGUGGUUUAAGUACGCAACUAACCCCUAUACCAAAACCGAUGAUUGGCUAUAUAGCGGAGGCUAUUGGGACCGCAAAUACGAAAACACCGAUACGAUAUUUUAGAUACAUUUUGUAGAAGGCUUACAGUAUAUAUAUUUGUAAAAAGUUUGCGAGUUGUUUAAACUUAGAAAUCGCUAAUAACUGGAUAAUUGUACAGGUUACUAAUGAUUGGCAAACACAACUUUCCAUUUCCCUCCAUUGGGUACAAUCACGUGAAUGUAUUAUGAUCAUGUGAUUGUACGAUCUGGUUGGGCUAUUGACCUCUAGUCAAUCAAGUCGCACAAGCAUCCAUGAAAUAUUUAGUUGAUCGCUUACUUUUAGUAGUCUUUGUGUAUGUGUAUAAAUAGUUGUUAAAUCGUGACGAUUCCAUACGAAGCUAUUAAAAUGUUAUUCAGUUAUUUGUUGCGCUAUAAUGCAUAUAAA